AUGGUUCAUAAGAACAGGUUGCUCCUCUUCUCACUUGAACGUAUUAUUACUUUUUUACUUAUUUUUUGCGUUAUUUCAGAAUUAUCUGCAGAUUCUCAGCAGGACCCAGACCCCCCACACAGCAGCUCACCUCAACCAAUGGAAACGGAGAGGGAUGCAGACAAUCCAGAUAGUUCUUUACAAGCAGCUGAUGUUGAUGACGAGACUGCAGACUGUUCCAUUCGAGCUGACACUGUAAAACCAAAAGAGACUCCGACAGGUGUACCAGACUCUUCUAAGCCUGAAGCGGCCAACAGCGGUGAUUACACAAAAAAGUCAAGGAAACCUCAGCCAGGUUCAAGAACUCUAAGAGACAAGGGCGUUCCUGGAGUUGGUAAAGGAGGGAAAACUGGCAAGAAGUCUUUUAGCUGCUCUCAGUGUGGUAGAAAAUUUGAACCCAAGGGCAGAAAAAGACCGCUUGUUUGCCCAGCUUGUGUUCAAAGAUCCACACAGUGUGCACAUGUAGUCACAGAUAGAACUUCAGGGGUGAGAGGCAUCAGAUGUUCAGCCUGUAAAAAAGAGUUUAGCCGUAAAAAAGAUGCUGUGAGACAUGUUCGAAUGCACAACAGAGAGAAACCCUUCAGCUGCUCACUUUGUGGGAAAGGGUUCACCCAGAAGUCAGGUCUGCGCGCACACAUGAGAAUCCACACGGGAGAGAAGCCGUACGGCUGCUCGCGCUGUCCCAAACGGUUCAACCGGAGCGGGAUUCUGGCUCGACACAUGCGAGUUCAUACGGGAGAGAAGCCGUACGGUUGCUCGGUGUGCAGCACCAGGUUUACCCUGAGCCAGUCGUUGUUGAUACACAUGAGGAUCCACACGGGAGAGAAACCUUUCAGCUGCUCAGUCUGUGAUAAAACAUUUACACAGAAGGUACACCUGACACAACACAUGAGUCUCCACUCAGGGGACACGCCCUUCAGUUGCUCUGCUUGUGGGAGAACCUUCACUAGACAGUCGCGUGUGAAAAACCACAAGUGUGAUCCUAAGACCAGCAGCAGUUAAUAACGAGAAAUGUCCACGGGCAGGUUGGUUUGGAAUGGGCUGGGUACAACAACGCAUUCUUCUCUCUCUCUCGCACAGGUCGUGUUUUGAAAGACGCUGUCCUGUAGCUUACUUACGUCAGUGAAUAAGGACGUGGUUUAAUGUACCAGAACAAUGAUCAAGCAUCACCAAAUGUCUCUCUCAUAUCUCCUCAUAACCAAUGAAAACUGUCCAAAACUCUAACCCAAAGUCCUAUUAUUAUGGCCGUUAUCUGACAUUAAGCGUUUCUGCUUCACAUUGUCAGCAGGGCAGCGGAGCGGCUGUGGGUUGAC